AUGUCGAAUUUUAAUAGCAAGAGACUCAAAAAAAUGGGUUUAAUCGGAUGUGUGGUUGUGCUUUUGGGUACUGGAGGUUAUGCUCUUUAUCAAAGCUAUCUUAAUAAAGAACAAGAACAAGAACAAAUCACUACAAAAUACACUUCGAAACCAAUCACAAUCAUCUUGACAGACUCCAUAAUAUCCUCAAACCUGCCCAUCAAUGAAAUUCUAUUGAAAACUGACAAUAUAGUGCUAGUUAUUCCUCCAAACUUAUCUGUGGAUGAUUUAAAUGAAGAAAUUGAUGAAUCUAUAAGUUUCAAGAUUAUUGAAUGUUCUACUAAUGACGGUGUUUGGUCAGUUGUGAAGCAUUUAAACAGUGAAGUGAUAUUUGUGGUUAAUGAUGAUUUAAACUAUGAAAUUCCUAAAAAUUUACAAAGAUAUGUUGGGGAAAUUAUUGAAUUGGAACAAAAUUUCUCAUAUAUUAAUCAAAAAAUACUAUCAUAUAUCAUCAACUAA